AUGGGUCGUUUGGUUGAUUCUUCUUUGAACCUCGUUCGGCUAUGGCGUUCCACUCACGAGUUAACUGUUGGUGAGAUAUCAAGAUAUAGGAUUCGUUUUGAUGGGUCAAAACAUCCUUCAAGUGCGGCUUGGCCGCCUGUGAAUCUAGUGCUCAAAAUCACCAAUGCGUCUCCGAUACUACUUCGAGGUGCCUUUUUGAGUGGACCUUAUAACAUCUCUGCCUCGUGUGUUGAAACUAGCCAGCACGGAAUAAAUCCGCUAUCAAAGAUCGUCGUACCACAAUCGAAAGGAUGCAUAAAGUGUGGAGAAUUUUGGAAGAUAACACUGGAAAUACCUUCGAACGGUAUUGGCGAUUGGACUAUCGAUAUCCUAAGUGAAGUAAUAUUUACUUCCAACAAG